UCUUUUUAAUAUAGAAAAGUUUUAAUUUAUAUCUCUUAUUAAAAGUAAAAAUGGAAAACUGCGACAAGUAUGAACCUGAUAACGUAUUUAAAGUUUUCGAAUUGAUUGAAUUUCCGAUAUGUUUCGUAGGUUUAACUUUAUCAAAACAGAUUAGGGUGGAGAGAGAUCUAUAUACAUCAGCAUAUUUCAAAACAAUGCACGAAGGCACAUUAAUGAAAUUCGAAGAGGCUCGCGAAGUAUCCGCAUCGCAUAGAGCUUUUAUUAUAACGAACAUUGACAAUCAUACAAUAGAAAUAACUUUCAAACCUACUAAUGAAUGCAUCGUGGGACCUAAACAAUUAAAAAAUAAUGAUAAUAGAUUUGUUGUUGAUUUGAGACUAAUACAUGUAGAUGGAGUUAGAUGUUGUAAUAAUGAAUGGCAUGCUGAAAUUGGAAGAUAUUACAUUAGUGGUCAAUUUGAAUAUAUUAAAAUGUCACAUAAACCAAAGGUAUUAGAUUUUGGAGAAGUAUCACUUAGUAAAAAAAUCACAAUACCAUUAGUGAUACGAAACGAUUCUAAGUUCACAACGGCGAAGGUCUAUUAUCUGAAAUCAGUCAGCUUCGAAGUAUUGCCGCAAGUGUUUUGUAUAAAACCUGCCUCAUCUCAAGAAAUAUUAAUUACAGUAAAGCCUAAUAGUCUAAAAGUUGACAAUCAAAUUGAAUUUCAUAUAACAAACCCUAAUGAAAGCAUUUAUAAACCGACAACGGGUAAUAAUUCCGUUGAAUACAAUGAUAACAUUUUACCUUACAAAAUCUCGUGCAAGAUUAAAGUUAUUUGCGCUCAAAGAUAUCGUCCUCCGCUUGCUAAGUCAUUACAUACGUUACGACAUGAACCGGAUCCUUACUACACUUAUGACGAAGAAGAGCUAUCUAUAAUCAAAGAGCAUAAGAAGAAAGCUAUAGAAUUUUUGACAGUUUGUAAAAUGUCCGCUCUAACUAAAUAUGUAUCUGAAAACAGAAUCAUAGAGAAAGACCAGUGUUAUAUUGAUGUAGAUAGUAAACCAAAGGUACCGGGAAAUUUGUUUUGUACAACGUUUCCUCGAUUGCUAUCAAUUUAUGACGUUUUCUUUAUAUUACCCCAACCUACAGUCGUUGAAUUCGGUCGAGUUGGAUUAGAAUCUUAUGCCGAAAAUCAUAUAACUAUUAACAAUAACAGUAUGUCUGAUAUCACACUAGAUUUUUUUCAAAGUGACUAUAUACUUUACACAGAAAGAAAAGAACGUACCUUACAUGUAAAGUUAAAGGCAAUGAAGGAAAUAAAAUUAAACUUAUUCUGUUUCGGUCAUUCUGAGGGAAACUUUGUCAAUUACUUCGAAUAUACUAUAAAUAACAAAUAUUACCGACAACAUUUAUACACACUUCAAAUUGGAAACGCGAGUCUCGUGUUGUCUGAUAAAAGUUUAAAAUUUGGUAUGGUCACCAUGGAAGCUUUUAUUACAUCACUUCCGAUAAAAAUGCACAACUAUUUUAAUGUUACCGUAGACUUUACGUGGAAUACUCCAAACGAUGAUAUGCCAUUCGAAGUAGUUCCAAGUACGGGCUCACUCCCAGGAAAUACUUGCAGGAUGUGUAACGUAAUAUACAACUGUAGACCUACAAAAGCGAAAGUGUUUGAAAUCGACUUGAACUUGGAAAAGAAAGUCAUUCCUGUGGAACUCUAUAUCGUGACACGCAAACUUUCCAUCAAAUUCUUAAAAACAGCUUUAGCAUUAAAUGAUAUUGCAUUAAAUUUAGAAACAGUAGAAAAACUCAAAUUGGAAAAUUCUUCAAGAGAAGUUGCUUUCUUUUAUGUAGUUGAACCUCUUUUACCCGGAAUCAAAGUAGAACCUAUGAGUGGAGUGAUAGGACCAAAGAUGAUAAUACCUUUUGAUGUUAUUGUAAAGAUUACUUGUGUAAUAGAGUUCAACUUUGAUUUGGUACUUAAAAUUAAUAAUAAAGAGAAUGUUGUAGUUCCAGUCACCGGGAAUGUGGUAGAGCCCAAAUUAAACAUUCAACCGAAAAAUAUUUACAUGUCACGCAUACCAUGCAAUAUGUUAACUUAUGUACAAGUUAUUAUACAAAAUACUUGCAACGUCAAAUCUGAAAUAGAGGUAAUCGACGGUGAUGAUGAGAUUUUUAAUGUCUACUAUAACAAAGGUAAUGAAAAAUGUAGACUUACGAAGUUUGAUAUUGAAGGAGGACAAACUAAAACAAUUUUUAUACAAGUUCAAGGAACAUUUCGAAGAGAAUACGAUUUUUAUAUGCCUUUUAGAGUAAACGGAUUAAUAGGACCACCUGAAAUUAAUUCUCAAUCACAUGAUCUUAAAUACUACAUCGAAAAGAACGUGGAGUUGUAUGAGAACAAUCCAAAGGUGAAACUAAAAUCGAUUAAUAAAGAAAUCAGCUUUUGCCGCAUCAAUGGUGUAAUAAGUUUACCACAGCUAGAAUUUUCUGUUGAUCAUUUUGAAAUAAUAUACAAAAUGAAUGCUAACAACAGUAUUGAGUUUACGAUGAAAAAUGUUUCGAAACACACAUUGCACAUUACAAUAUUAAUUUCAAAAAUACCGCCAAAUUUCACCUUAAAUUUAACAUCCGAAGAAAGUUUACUUAUGACAACUGAAAAUUACCUCAAAUUCGAAUUGAUUACAUUAAAGGCCGCUAACUUUUGUUUGAAGUUUCAUCCUAAAGGACCUGGCAGAUUUGUGUCUGUUGCUUUAUUAUAUCUUGGUACAAACACGACACCUUAUUACAAUCUAACGUUUGUCGGUGUCAAUGAAAUGCCAACCUUAAUACCAAGCAAAUCCCGAAUAGUAUUUCCUGCGAUAUAUGUUGGUAAAACAGUGUUCAAUAUUGUAACCUUCACACUCGAUAUUGAAGCAGAUUUGAGUUCAUUUUCUUUUGCAUCGAAUAAACAGAAGUUUGUAACAGUAGAAUUAUUAGAUUAUGAAAUCAUUGAAAACAAUACGACAAAGAAAAAUACAUCUAUAAGCGCUAAGAUAUCUGUUUAUAGUGAAAAACCAAUUGUUGCCUCUUCUACGAUUACAUUAAGACAUUCUAGUGGCUCGAGUUGUGACAUAGAAAUCAAAUUCUGUUUUACAUAUUGCCCCCUCACUUUACAUGUAGAAUCAAUUGUCCACUAUGAAGAUAAUCCAUACCCAUAUUAUCCUGAAGAAACUCAAAUUGAUCUCUAUAACUACAUGGAUAAAAGUUCUCAAUUCCUUGAAAGGUGGAUGUUUUACCAGGGUUUUAGAAAGGAACUGUAUCCCAAAAUUCCUGAAACACUUAAUGCGUUAUCAAUUGCUAUGUCAUCUCAAGCAAAAGAAAAAUCGAAAGGGAUUAAUGUUUCUUAUCUUAGUUUCAUUAGAAGGAUUGCAGGACCGUUACUAAAGCAUAUACAUAAAGUGGAAGUAUUUGACGCAGACGAAGCAGUCAGGCAAGUGAAAGAUAUUCAUGGUGUUUAUGGAGAAAUUAUUAAGUUACUAAAAUCUCGCGGAGCAAACAUAUGGGCAUUAGAGGCAAAGUUUCUCUUAAGUUACGACCAAUUCGUUACUUAUGUGUCAAAUGUACCACCAAAAAAUAAUGCAGAUAAAUGUUUCAUACAGGAAAUUUUAAAUGACAUGACGUUGUUCAAGAGAUUAAACAAACAAUGUUGGAUAGACUUUAUCUUGCAAAGCUACAAGGUUUUCAUAUUAGAUAGUUGCUUUUUUGAUUGUGUUUGCGUCAGUUCACAGCCAAGAGACAUAUUAAAUACAUUAAUUAAUUGGUAUAACGACCAGCUGAGAGCACAUUACGCGCAAUGUCUGAAAGGGGAGACGGUUAAAUGUAUAAAAAAUAUCACAACCGACUUAUGUGACGGUAUUGCUAUCAUUGCAGCAUUUUUAAAUCACUGUUCAUUUCUAAAAGACCACUUCUCUAUAUACAGUAUGGAAAGUGAGUGUGACACUGAUAAUGGAAAAAUUAAUAAUGCUUGUCUAAUCAUUGAAGCUAUCAACCAUUUACGGCUCAACUUUCCGAUAAGUUGUUUAGAGUUGCUUGAACCAAAUUUCUUGCAAAUGUUUUUUUUAUCCAUUACUUUAUAUGUUGUUUUGCCAAUGUUCAAACCGAAGGACACAAUAAAAUUUAAUCCACCACUAUUAAAAAGUUCCACGCGUAGAGUUUCAAUAAAUCCAGCAAGUCAAGAAUCUUUAACCCUUGCGUAUUUCCUGCUUGAUAAUUCAAAGAAUACUUUUAGCGUUGAAAAAAUAGUUGCCGGUGAGAGUGGUAAAAAAGUUGCCGUCAAUGUUACUUACAAUGCUAACUUUGUUGAUGAAUGUAAAUCAAUUCUGUUAGUACAUGGGUAUAAUAAAACACGAAUUUUUGAUACCUACAUAGUAUUUAUGCUCUCCGGGAAAGUAGAGACUUUCGCCCCUUUAAGAAAAUGCAAGGUUUCGGGGCCUAAUUAUCGACAACAAAGAGUUGAUGUUUUCGUUUCGUCUCCCUUCACAGCUACGUCUACAUUUACAAUGUACAUCUUAGAUGAGGAACCGUUUUUACCUGUAGUACUUGAAGCUAAUCCAAAGCGUAAGUUCUAUGCAACACGACUUCAUCUUAUUGACAAAGAAGUAACAUUACCCGGUAUGCCUAAAGAAAGUGGACAAGAAGUUGUGGAACAUAAGGUUCAUUUUCUUAUGUUCUGUUUAAAUGCUCAAAUCAGUAAUACAUGGAUCUGGUUUAAAAGUAAUGUUGGAGAAUUCUUUAUAAAAGUGACGUCACAACCACGAUGCGACAUAUAUCUCGAUACGCUGUAUGUCCAAGUUCCUGAAUGGCCGAUGCCUCCUUGCAGCUGCGGGAAAGAGUGUGAAUGUUACCGCACUACUUUUCUGAUAAUACCUCAUCGCAAUGACAUUAUGAUAAAAUCCUUACGCGGAGCAAUAACAGAAAGGGCUUCCGAAAAGAUGGUUGAAAACUUUGAUCAAUUGAUAGAAACAUCAACAGGAAGGGUUGUUCUCGGUAUGCUUUUAGCUGAAGGUGGUACAAAUAUAUCCGAAGUGCAACACAUUCUGCGCAAUGAGACCUCGUUUCGUGUGACGGCGCGCUCGCUGGAGCCGCGAAUCGACCGAGUGACACUUGCCCAGCACACUGAAGACACCUUAGCCCUGCCAAUAACGGUACCCGUGUGCGAUAAACCUGAGAAAUUCUCAGUCACUUUCACCUCUGAAUGCGGUUUGGAUAUACGCACAUACAAAGUCGUAUUUACUGAGAAUGAACAAAUUUAAUAUUUUAUUAUCAUGUUUUUUGAGGAUCUAAUAUUUGAUAGAAAUAAUAAUUCGUUACCUAUAAUCCUUUUACAAUGUUUGUUGUAAUUAUCUAUAUAUUUCUUAUUUUUUUUACAUGUAUAAAAUUACAAUAUUUUUAGUUCCUAG